CAGCGUAGGCAUUGGCUUAGUCUUCUUUAAGAUGUGAGGAGGGUAUUUUGCUCGGUAGUUUCAAAUCCUUUGUGUGCACUUUUGUGUGAAUUUCUUCUGUUUUGUUCUACAACAAACACGAGCCGGAUACAGGUUGGUGUACUUAUUACUUAUUCAAUAAUUAGGUGAAAUAGUUGAGAAAGCUAUAAGAAAACGUGAAUAUCGUGUCAGUCGAUACGACGAGGACAUUUGUAUUUCUACAAAUUAAGAAAACUACGAAGUCGUCAUCAUGGUGAGCACACAGAAGAGACUUCCAAAAACUGGCCCCAACAAGCCAAGUGAAACUGAACGAUUAGUAACUUGGAUUAGCAGAGUUCGCAACAAAAAAUUAAAAUGUCGCCGAAAUCGCAAACGCGAUUUACGGAUUGAAGCAGUACUGACGUGCGCUCUUUCCAAAGCUGAAAAUGAUUUACGCAUCCAGCAAUUAUCAACAGCUUCAAAAUGGCAGCGACUUAAAAGACAAUGCUUGAAGAAGGGAAAUUAUUCAAAUUAUGAACUCUACAAUGGUGAAGACACAGAAAAUCGGAGAUUGUCUCAACAGAAUCCCUGGAAAAAGCCAUUAUGUCCUGAAUUGAGCAGUUUAGACGAUUUCAUGUCUAAGUUGGCAGAAAUAAAAGUACCGUUACAACGCUGAA